UCACUAUAGUCCAAAUCAAAAACCUCCUUUGCAAUUCGGCCCAGCCCAGUGUGAAACAUUAAUUUUAGCCCCCAAACGGACCGGAAAAUCAAUUUCAUCGGCAGAUCGAACUUGCUCAGUGUUGAAGACAGUGAACUCCGAUCAGAGGGCAGUGAAGAUUUGAACAUCAUUUGAAGUAUUGUUGCAUUCAAAUUACAGAGUUUCGUAUGGAGGCGGACAGGCUAAAUUCUCCCAACACAUCGGCCGUUAUAUUUGAAGUUCUUGGCCAUCAGCUUCACUUUGCACAGGAUCCAAAUUCUAAGCACUUAGGCACUACUGUUUGGGAUGCAUCGAUGGUAUUUGCCAAAUUUCUGGAAAAAAAUUGUAGAAGGGGAAGGUUUUCUCCAUCCAAACUGAAAGGAAAACGAGUAAUUGAACUUGGGGCAGGCUGUGGGGUAGCUGGAUUCGGUAUGGCAUUGCUAGGGUGCGAUGUCGUCACCACCGAUCAAACUGAGGUUUUGCCUUUGCUUAUGAGAAACGUCGACCGGAAUACUUCUAGAAUACUCCAGAUAGCUCCUGGUUCAGAUUCCUUUGGUUCAAUGAAGGUGGCAGAGCUGAACUGGGGAAAUGCAGAUCAUAUAAGAGCUGUCGAACCACCUUUCGACUAUAUCAUUGGCACUGAUGUCGUUUAUGCAGAGCAUCUUCUAGAACCUCUGUUGCAGACAAUACUUGCAUUAUCUGGUCCAAGAACCACCGUUGUGUUGGGAUAUGAACUUCGUUCGACAAAUGUCCACGAUCAAAUGCUCGAUUUGUGGAAAAGAAACUUUGAGGUUAAAAGUGUUCCUAAAUCAAAGAUGCACAGUGAGUACCAACAUCCAAGUAUACAGUUAUUUAUGAUGAGACCAAAGCCUUCUUCAGACAGCAGCAUUGCCAAGGAGAUUGAGGAUGUUCCAUCGGAGGAAACCGAACAAAUAUCAGGGGACGAUGAUGUCAGCAAUAAAGAUGAUCAAAUCGAAGAAGAAAGCAGUGUAGUCGAAAAUCUCCAGAGUAAAGAGAUUAGUGAUUGGGAAACGAGAAGAUGUGGAGCUAUGGCGGCUCGUCUUCUUCGCGAUGUAAAGAUAACAUAAGACAUGUUCGGAGGUCUGUAUCUUUUCUAAUAUUAAUAUACUUUUCUAUUUAAUUUGGCUUCAUAUUCACUUGCUAAAAAAACUAGUAUUUCAUAUUAGAUUUCUCGAGCAUUU